AAACUGUCAAUGUAUAUACUUGACAUUUCCGAUAUAACCUUAUUCUUGCAUACGGUGCUUGCAGAAUAUUUGUAGUGAAAAAGUUUUUUAAUCACAACCAGGAAAUAACAGUUACCGAGAAAAUUCCUGCUACCGUUUACCCGCAUCGCAUUCUAAAUGUAACUGCUGGAAAACUCUUCAGGAUGGCAGAUAACGUGUUCGACAUAGAGUUGCAUGAUGUUGAGACUGUAGAAGUUGAUGAUUCAGACGAUGCUAUCGAAAUCGAAGAGGAUGCAUAUGACCAGAAUCCUAAUAUCAAUGAAAUUGUCAAUUCUGACGGUGUCGAGACCGUCCAGUUGACUGAACAAACUGUAAACCCCGGUCAAGAGAAGACUGGGCCUCAAGACUUUGAGCUACGCAAGGUGUUAGGCAAAGGCGGAUAUGGCAAAGUUUUCCAAGUGAAAAAAAUCACUGGGAACGAUGCAGACACUGUGUUCGCCAUGAAGGUGCUCAGAAAGGCUUCCAUUGUCAGAAAUCAGAAGGACACUGCCCAUACAAAAGCCGAAAGAAACAUAUUAGAAGAAGUUAAGCAUCCUUUUAUAGUUGAUUUAAAAUAUGCCUUCCAAACCGGUGGCAAGCUGUACUUAAUUUUAGAAUACCUAAGUGGUGGAGAAUUAUUUAUGCAUUUAGAAAGAGAAGGAAUUUUUUUAGAAGACACCGCUUGUUUUUACCUCUCUGAAAUAAUCCUUGCAUUAGAACAUUUACAUGGGCAGGGUAUUAUCUAUAGAGAUUUGAAGCCUGAAAAUAUUUUAUUAGAUGCCCAGGGUCAUGUAAAACUAACUGACUUUGGUUUAUGUAAGGAACAUAUUAAAGAAGGUGUAUUGACACAUACUUUCUGUGGAACGAUUGAGUACAUGGCUCCUGAAAUUUUGACAAGGCAUGGACAUGGAAAGGAGGUAGAUUGGUGGUCUUUAGGUGCGCUUAUGUACGAUAUGUUGACUGGUGCUCCCCCAUUCACGGCGGAAAACCGUAAAAAGACAAUAGAAAAGAUCCUGAAAGGGAAACUGAACUUGCCUCCGUACUUGACCGCCGAUGCCCGUGAUUUGGUCCGUAAACUUCUGAAACGACAAGUGACAGCUCGAUUAGGCGCCGCCCCCGAUGACGCAAACGCAGUCAAGGCACAUCAGUUUUUUAGGCACAUUAAUUGGGAUGAUGUGCUGAGUAGGAAACUUGACCCACCAUUCAAGCCAUGCUUAACUAGUGAUGAUGACGUAUCACAAUUUGAUACAAAGUUCACAAAGCAGACUCCCGUGGAUUCCCCCGAUGAAUCUACCCUUAGUGAAAGUGCUAAUAUGAUCUUCCAGGGCUUCACGUACAUAGCCCCGUCGGUCCUAGAGGACAUCUACAAGCCGUCGAUAAUGAAAGCCCGUUCACCUCGCAAAGUGGGCACCCCGUUCCGUCACCAUUUCGGCGCAGCCUCGACGUCGUCCCGAAUGUUCAGUCUGGAUCCGCACGUCAGCGGGUUCCAGACGCCGCACCAUUUCGGGAACGGAGCCGGCGUGCCUAGCGGAGCGACUCAUACUCACAGUCAUAGUACACACGUUGGUAACAAUACCAAUAAUAUCCGAGUCGGCUUCCAUCACCAACCGGUGCCGCAACAGACACAACAGCCCGAAGAGGCGAUGGACGUAAGCAAUAGUACCGGCGGUACGUCGCUGGUAUAGUAGUGGGAGACGAGGGACGGCGGUGGCAGGUCCACCGAGCUGUCUCCCAACAAUGGACUAUUAACAAAAGUGUUGUAGUUGAAUUUAUUCUUGUUUAGUUUUUUUUCCUCAUAUAUUUCCGAGUUGUUCUGUUUCUUUUGCUGUCCGUCGCUGAGAGGAUACGAAGUGUUAAAUAUUGAGAAAGCAUAAAUUCGGUACUUUGACGGUAACACAGCGAGCACCUGACUAGAUAUGGCCGAUGUCGUUAUUUUUUGAUAUCAAUGAUUUUAAAAGCGUGACGUGGUCACGACUUUCGAAUAACGAUGGGUGAGUUUCGCUGAUCUAUCUUUUGAGACGAAUAGCACCGUAGCCCGUGCAAGUGCUGUGAGUCGUAAAGCUAUAAUUAUUUCUAACAUCAUUCGGUAUUUGUUAAAAGUUGUGUGUGCUAAGAUAUGGUACAUUUGGAUACUGCUUAGAACUGCUAAUAGUGAUAUUAAAAAAAUAUGGAUUGGUUAAAUGCUAAUAAAUCUGAGUUAAACACUAAUAAAGUAAAAUGUAUGUCAAUGAGGAAACAUUUAGGUGACAACACAAUGAAGCUCAUGAUGAUGAAAAGAUUGAAGUAGUCGAAUCAUUCAAAUGUCUGGAUAUAUAUAUAUAUAUAUAUAUGGAUAGUAAUCAAAAGUUUUAAGAAUACAUUAUUUCAAAAAUAUCAAAAAAAGAUAAAUUAGUUCUAUAGUUUCCCUUAAUCUCAGUAUGUAUUCCAAAAUAUGAUCAACCGUUUGGUUUAUAGCAAAUGAAAGCGUAUUUUCAAAAUUACUAAUUCUAUAAAAUGAGGCUAUGAGAAUGAUUUUAAAUAAAAACAAAUGAGAAAAAAGAUGUUAGAAGAACUAUGGUGGUUGAGUGUAAAAAAUGUUGUUAUUUUUUUCUCAUUUUCAGCUUGAAAUUAAAUAAUUUAUUACCACUACAACUAGAAAAGUUCACAAAAUUAAAUAGUCAUUAUCAUAACUACAAAACCAGCGGCAGUAUAGAUUUUCAUCUGAAAAAUUGUAAUAGAGAACUAGUAAAUCUGUAUUUCAAAAGGGAAUAUUUGAAUUUACUACAUUGAAUAUUAAACAGUGUCCGAAUUUAAAAAUGUUUGAAGUGAUAUUAAAAAAUCACUUUAUGAAUACCCAAAAUGCAUAGUGUUGUAAUUUUACUAGACAAGAAUGUAAAAUUACAGAAAAUUGAUUAAAAAAAUGUGCUCUUGAUGUGUUAAGGUUAGUUUUUAUUUUGAUCAUGUUUAGUGCUCUUGUAACAAUUACAAUGGAAAUCAUUAUCCCUGGUGUAUAGCAAAGGUGAAUACUAAUAUUUAUUCACAUCAAUUUUAAAUAGGUGUGAACAGGAUAUUAUUGCAACUCAAUGCAUAGUAGCAAAGAAAAGAAAAAACAAAUAAACUAUCACCUGGAAGAAAAGAAAAUAUAUUGUCAUUGUUAUUUGUACUUUGAAAAAGGGCGGAAAAGUGAUUCAACCAAAUGUGAUUUCAUUUGGCGGCCCGACUGAGGUUUGUGAUGCAUUGUGAUGAACUGGAUAUAUAUAUACGAGGAGCUAUAAUGACUAUAACUUGUUAUUUGUUGCGGAAUUAAAAGUUUCAUAGCAUAUACUUUGUAUUGGGAUAAAGAAAAUCCUGGAUCAACCUUGAUAUGUGGUGAUGUGGUUUUACAAAGCUUGUCUCAAUAUUGGAUUCUUCGUGUCCUCUUGAACGGUGCAAUAUCGUUACCAUAGAUACAAACUCAUCAUUUAGAACAUCAGCUUUUAGUACAAUUUUUGUUGUUAAUAGGUCUCCACUCCAACAACUGUAACAAAGAAAGGAGAAAACUUAUAAAAUGAUAGCGUCGGAUUGUUAGAUUAUAAUAAGAAAAUCUGGCUCAAGUCAGCCAUUUUCCUUUUUAAAACGUUAUAGUUUUUAGAACGUUCCGCAGAACUGAUAUUUUAAAUGCCUUUUAACUAGUCUUAUUAGUCACAUUUAUUUUCAGCAUAAUUUCAAUUCUGUGGUAUGUUUUGAUGUAUUCUACCUGAAAAUUGUAUGAAUAAGAAGAUUUUUAUCUGUUUUUAUGAUGUAGGCUCAUGCCUACAGCUUUGUUUUGCACAGUUUUGAAGAUCACAUCAGAUACGCGACGUCCACCAUUCUCCAUACACUGAGUAAACAAAUUUCUUGCGUAUGUCAUGACUCUUGCCAGCAUAGAAGGCGCUAUAUUUGUUCCUGGAACCCCAUAGAAAAAAAUCACAAGGGGACAAAUCGGGAGAGCGAGCCGGCCACUGCAAAUCACCCAUAAUUGAGAUGGUGACUGAACUGUGUCGGGACAACACCUUAUAGCCCCGCCUCUCGAACGAGGCCACUAGCGCUUCACUACGACAUCUACCGACUGAAUAGCGCGUAUUUUUAAAAAGUUAUCUUGCCGCGCCCAUGAAUAUACAGGGUGUCCGGUAAAUGUACGGCAAAAAAUAGGGACGAUAGGCGAAGGGCAGAUCGACAACAUACCAAAAAAUGACCCUAGUAAAAGUUUCACUGUUUUUGAGGUAUUAAUUUUUUUGUCUCUCUUUUUUUAAUCUUAUUUUUUUGUUGUUGCUAUGCCUAGAAAUAAGAGGAUAUCUGUUUGUUUUUUUUGUAAAAUAUUCUCAGAUAGUUGGUCUGCCAUUUGAAAUAUCAUUUUCGAUAAAUACAAGUAGGUAAACUUGACAAACGAAUUUCUUCUUCGUAAUUUUUAUUUUAGAAAAUUAUUUUACUCGACUUUGAUAUUCAGCAAUGAAAUAGAAAUGUACUAGACUGCUACUGCAAAGUACUGCGAUAAAUUACCUGCUUAAUCAGCAACAAAGGGUGGACCAAACGAGGAAAUUUUUAUAAAAAGACAAAAAAAAGUAAUCUCAAAAGCAGUGAAACUUUUACUAGGGUCAUUUUUUGGUAUGUUGUAGAUGUGCUUUUCGCCUAUCUUCCCCAUUUUUUUGUCGUACUAUUUACCGGACACUCUGUAUAAUUUUUUGGAUGGUUGGCUGCUAUCUUCAGGAAGAAUUCGUUAAUCAGUGGUUGAAGUAAUAUUCUUGAUAUUCUUUGCUAUAGUUGUUGGAUGCCGUUCAUAGAAUCUUAUUAGAUUUUUUGUUUGUCAUUCUUAAUAGAUAGGUUGUAAACAGUCAAAAUGUAUAACUGAACACUAUGCAGCUCAGGUUUUCAGAUAAGUAAAAAAUAUAAGCUAAUUCUACAGAAAGUUUUUAUAUUAAUUUAAAUUAUUUAAAUUUCUCUUGUAGUUAUUUUAUGAAUUGAUCCAGUGCCGACAUCUUUGUACUGAAAAAGCGGUUUCAUAUAUUUACGUUUCUGUGACUGCCAAAAUUGACCAUCAUGAUAAAAUCGGCUCGUAUAUUAGCUUUUUACUACCUCAAAUUAUGAUGAACGAUUUUAUUUUGUGAAAAAAUAAUUUUCAUAUGACUUUCAAUUUACUUUACUCGGUCAAUUAGACACGUCUGUCAAAAAUGUCAAGUAUCUUUUCAAUUUAUCUUUGAAUAUUAUAUAGUUUUUUGUCAAUUCAGAAGCAAAUUCGUCACAUAUACAGGGUUUCAAUUAAGUAUGUACCGUAUAUUUAACAAACGAUUCUUUGAGUAAUUAUUCGAUCUCUAGAUACAGGUGUUAAAAAUUUAAAAAAAUGAUUUUUCGUGAAUAUCUUAAAUAUCCUCCACCUAAUUUUGUUCUAGUUUGGCAGUGGUAUUUAUAACAAUAAGGAGCUAAUUUAGCCCUAACUUGAUUAAAAGUCCAGUGGCGUCUUAGUGGGAUCUGAACAAAUAUUUGUCACAAAAAAAUAUACGCUACUGACUUUUGUGCAAUUUUUCUGAUGUUAUUUGUAUUAAUAAAUACAACUUUUUUGUCUCUUCAAUUAUUCUCGUAUCUUGUUUAGUUUUCGAGAAAAAAAAGUGCACUUAAUUGAAUACUCCUGGACCACACAAGGAAAAAAUUUAUUUUGUAAAUUAUUAUUUUUUUAUAAUUGUUAUUACUAAUUAUGUAACAACAACAACAAAUACUAAAUAACAUUAACAUAAUUCGUAAUAAAUUAUAAAAAAAAUAAUUUCCAAAAGAAACUUUUGCCCAUAUUCCUGGUGUGGUCCAGCGAUUUGCAAUUAAUUUACGAAAACUAAGCAAAAAAAUUAGGUGAUACAAAAGUUGUAUUUAUACUUGCUUAAUCCACAGAACAUAAUAAAAGUUGCACAAAAUUCAGUGGCGUGCAAUUUUUUGUCACAAAUAAUUCGUUCAGAUCCCGCUGGAGACGCCACUGGACUUAAUAAAUUCAUUCUCAAGUCAGGGCUAAAUUAACGCCUUAAUGAUAUAAAUACCACGGCCAAAUUACAACAAAAUUAGGUAAGGGAUAUUUAAAAUAUUUACAAAAAAGCAUUUUUUUUUCAUUUCAAGAGUACGAAGAAUUUGCGGACCCGUGUUUAUAUGAACUUUUUGUCUCAAAAUUACUCAAAAAAUCGUCUAUUGAAUUUAUGGUAGAUACAUGCUUAGUUAACACCGUGUACCUAUAUGAAAAACAAAUUUUCAUUGAGGUUGUGUAAUUUUAAUACGAGCACAUCAGUUUGAGUAUCAAGCAAUUUUUACAUCCUUUGAUUCCGAUGGAAUUUUUUCAAUAACUUUCACAACUCGGCACUAGAUAUAAAAUGGCAGUACAUUUUUUUAUAAAUACUAAAUAGAAAUGGGUUUAAUGCAUAUAUAAGGAAAUGAUAUUUGAAUAUAUGCUAUGUAUAUAUACUAAAUAAGGUAAUGAGAUAUUAAGCACAAGUAUCAUUAUAUCGUAAAUUUGCAAUGAUUUAGGUAAUAUUUGAUGCCGGAAGUUUUCAUAACACACAGCUUUCCUUCUAAACAAAACGAAAUAUAACGAAAACAUUUCUUAUUCUCAGAACGUUUCAAUUCCAGUACGAAUUUUAAACGGAGUUUAGGCUUUCAUUAAAGUAUCUAACAUAUGUGCAGGGUGAUUAAAAAUCAGCGGCAAUAUGUAUAGGGUAGAAAUUAUAUUGAAAAAUAACCCGAAAUAUGUUGUGUUGAAUUUCAUUUUUAUUUUUGUCCUAUUUUCUAUGUGAUCGGAAAGAUAAUUUAUCAAAAGCCUAUAGUUUCUAUACUGCUAAUGCUUGUGGUAAAAUUAUUAAUUUAUUUUUUGCAAAUGCAAUAUUUUAGCUGGACAUAUUCACAGGUUAGUAGCAUCAAGUGGUCCAAUAAAUAUGUACUGUAAAUUUUUGAUUGGUUCAAAUUUGAGUAUUGCAAGAUUUGUAUAUUAUUUAGUGGUUUUAAGUUUAAGAUUCAAUUCUUCUUGAUUAUUUUGUGUAAUCUCCUAAUACUGACCUGUCAAUAUAAGUCUGUUGCAAUGCCUUAAUUAACUGUUCUGUCAUCUGGAAGAACGUUAAACAAUUGAUACACUGUGUUGUGAUAGAGCAAUGACUAUAGGAUAGAACAUACAAACUGGAAAAUUAUUGUUUACGUGUUAGAUGAUCAAUGCUUAGUAUUUCUGCCAUUGGCGAAGAAAUUAACAGUGUUUUGGAAAUAUAUACAUUUUUAUUUAUUGUAUAUUUAUUGUUUUUACCCUUUUUCGGAAUUUUUUUCUAUGGAUAUAAACAUUUCAAUUAUUUAAUUGUAAGGGUUUUGUUAUCAUAAACAAAAUAAGACUAUUGUAAUAAAUGUAAUAAAAAAA